AUGCCCAAAGUAUUAUUGUGUGGUGCCGUCCAGGGCCAAUGGGAGCUGCUAUUCGACCGUGUACGCAAGUUAAAUGCUGCCGCUAAGGAAAAUCCGUUUGUAGCACUCAUGUGCAUAGGUCGUUGCUUUCCUCUUCCGGAAGAAUAUCUCGCAAUUGGUGGUAAAAAGCCACCAGUUCCAACAUAUUUUCUACCUGCGCACGAGUCGACACGGUCGUGGCAAGAAAGCGCCAGUCAGAAGCAAAUUUUUGAUCGUUUAAAUGUAUCAAAUCAACUUUCUGAACCUGUAGAGGUUGGUGAGAGUUUCUUUUGUCUCGCUCGAGCUGGAAUAGCAACUAUUGCAGGAUUAAAAGUUGCUUAUAUAUCAGGAUCCGAAUCUCUUGGACAAGAAGACGAGAACGGAACAGUGUUAAUGUAUUCGAAGACUUCAGUAGAUACCCUGAUGCAAGAACUUGUUGCCAAUGCAAAUCAUGGAAAUGUCGACUUCUUGCUUACGGCGGCGUAUCCAGCAAAUUUUCAAUUGUUGCUCCCAGAAGCGCAACUUCCUGCGAGCUUACAAAAUCUUCAAGGAAGUUUGGCAAUAAGAGACUUCGUGAUACAAGUGCAUCCCAAAUACCAUAUUGUUAGUGAUGGAGAUGUUUUCUAUCAACGAUUGCCGUACGUGAGCACAGUGAGUGGUACAGCGAGAAAGCAGCUCACGCGUUUAAUCGGAUUAAGUAGUGUUAAUACGGUGAAGGAUAAGACGCGCAAGUAUUUGCAUGCUUUACAAGUUGUACCUUGCAUGCAACUGAGUGCCACAGAGCGGCAACAUGUUGACAUUCCAACUGGCACGACACAGAAUCCAUAUUUGUAUGCAAAAGAUGACACGAUUAAUUGGACAGUACGUGAUGCAAAACGACGUAAGGUUGCAACUGGUAAUCUCUCGGUUGAGCAGAUUCAGCAGUUAACGGCAAAUAGUGUUAAUAGUGCACAGUUUUUUUACGAUCAAAGACUUGCAGCAAAAGGACAGCGCAAAGGUGGUCUAUUACCAGACGAAAGUACAGGCCAGCAAAGAACAAAACCUCGCUCGCUUGUCGAAGACCGCACCGAGUGCUGGUUCUGUCUGUCGACGCCAACUUUAGAGCGUCACUUGAUCGUGAGCAUUGGUCAAGAGGCGUAUCUUGCCAUGCCAAAAGGUGCGAUUUGCGAGGAUCAUGUGCUUAUUGUACCCAUAGCCCACGAAGCCUCGACGUUGAAUUUGAGUGAUAAGACGUGGCGAGAAAUGGAUCGUUUUAAAGAAGCGUUGCGGCGUUAUUUCGCGUCGCAGGAAAAGGAAAUACUGGUAUUGGACCGUAAUGUAGCAACACUGGGAGCUACACAUUGUCAUUGGCAAGUCGUGGGCAUACCAAAAGACAAAACGGGCGCUGCUCGUCGCAUUUUUGAAUCUGAGGGUGAAAAAUACAACGUGAAAUUUCGAGAGCUGCUCGCAAAUUCGACAUCUGAUUCCAUAGAAGGAACGGCAGGAUUACUUGAGUCGCUACGUCAGCAAACAGAUAACAAACCAUUCUUGUACGCUGAAGUGCCUGAUGGCGAGAAUAGAUGCACGCGAUUAUUGCAUCACGUUGAGGGCAAGCACUAUGUUCAGUUUGGUCGCCACGCAGUGGCAUGUUUACUGGAGAUGCCACGACGCGCAAAUUGGAAGUUUUGUGUUAUCUCCAAGUCUGAGGAGGAAAAACUGACGCAAUCAUUUAAGAACCAGUGGAAACCAUUCGAUUUCACCCUUGAAGAAGAUGAAUUGAGUGAAAGAGAAGAAUAA